AUGGAGAAGAAAGCCCUCAUUAGUCUUCUAGUUAUUCUUCUUGGUCUUUCUUGCCUUGUAUUUGUUGCUGCUGUUCCUGUAACCAGAAGCUUCAUGACCGGGAAAAUGGAUCCUUUAGUGCAACAUCAUCUGCCUAAGGAAGAUCUGGUCAUGGGGUUAACGAACAACGAGGAACUGUAUGAUAUGAAGGAAGGAAUAGAGAGUAGAAUGAUGAUGGAUAUUGCAGACUACCCUGUAACAAAACCAAAUCCAGCCCAUGAUCCAAAAUCUCCUGGAAAGCCUUAA